GUCACGGGAUGCAUGCAACGUGUCAGGCUUGCGGUGAACCCAGUGAAUCCCGUCAGACGGCCCACCUUUUUUUUCUUGACCACCCCUGAUCGACAGUCGAAAAGCCUCAUCACGGCAAUGACGACAACACCGCAUAACAUGCAAUCAAGUUUGGAAGCACGAAACACACAUAGAUAGAUGCAAUGGUCCAGGGUCG